ACCAGCGAAUGAAUUCAAGUAAAGGCGACAAGAAGUAAGAGCAAUUUGAAAAACAGAGGUGGCGGUUACUGAAUACUGAGUGUGAGCAAGCAGCGAUGAAUUCGAAAGAUAGUUGCAGAAGCGAGCUUCGCAUUGCCAUUCGUCAACUCAGCGAUCGAUGCCUCUACUCAGCAUCCAAAUGGGCAGCGGAGCAGUUAGUGGGCAUCGAGCAAGACCCAGCGAAGUUCACUCCUUCAAACACAAGAUUCCAGCGCGGAAGCUCCAGCAUCCGCCGCAAGUACCGCACCCACGAGGUCACCGCCACGCCGGUUGCCGGAGUUUCGUAUGUCGCCACGCCGGUCAUGGAGGAGGAUGAGGCUGUCGACGGUGAUUUUUACCUUCUGGCUAAGUCCUACUUCGAUUGCCGUGAGUACAGAAGAGCUGCUCAUGUUCUUCGCGAUCAAUCCGGACGGAAAUCGCUCUUCUUGCGAUGUUACGCUCUUUAUCUGGCCGGAGAAAAGCGAAAAGAGGAAGAGAUGAUAGAACUUGAGGGACCUUUGGGUAAGGGUGAUGUUGUGAAUCGUGAAUUGGUUCCUUUAGAGAGGGAGCUUUCAGAACUUCGCAAGAAUGCUAUGAUUGAUCCUUUUGGUUUGUAUGUAUAUGGUCUUGUGCUGAAACAGAAAGGUAAUGAGAAUUUGGCACGAACAGUUCUUGUGGAAUCUGUGAAUAGCUACCCUUGGAACUGGACUGCCUGGUCUGAGCUGCAAUCCUUAUGCACUACAAUUGAUAUCUUGAAUAGUCUUAAUCUCAAUAGUCACUGGAUGAAGGAUUUUUUCCUUGCUAGUGCUUAUCAGGAAUUAAGAAUGCAUAAUGAGUGUUUGUCAAAAUAUGAAUAUCUACAAGGAACCUUUGGUUACAGUAAUUACAUACAGGCUCAAGUUGCUAAAGCCCAGUACAGUUUGAGGGAAUUUGAUCAAGUUGAAGCAAUAUUUGAAGAACUGCUUAGGACUGAUCCUUACAGAGUGGAAGACAUGGACAUGUACUCCAAUGUGCUUUAUGCUAAGGAAUGCUCUGCCGCUUUGAGUUACCUUGCCCAUAGAGUAUUCAUGACUGAUAAAUACAGACCUGAAUCUUGUUGUAUCAUUGGGAAUUAUUACAGCUUAAAGGGACAACAUGAGAAGUCAGUUAUCUAUUUUAGGAGAGCCCUUAAAUUGAACAAAAAUUAUUUAUCUGCUUGGACACUUAUGGGUCAUGAGUUUGUUGAGAUGAAAAACACUCCUGCUGCUGUAGAUGCCUAUCGCCGUGCUGUAGAUAUAGACCCAUGUGAUUAUCGUGCUUGGUAUGGACUAGGACAGGCUUAUGAGAUGAUGGGUAUGCCUCUCUAUGCGCUUCAUUACUUCAAAAAAUCUGUUUUCUUGCAGCCAAAGGAUUCUCGGUUGUGGAUAGCAAUGGCUCAUUGCUAUGAAACUGAUCAGCUUCGCAUGCUUGACCUGGCAAUAAAGUGUUACAAAAGGGCAGCAGACUGUAAUGACAGAGAAGCAAUUGCUCUGCACCAGCUUGCAAAGCUGCACGUUGAGCUGGGGCGUCCUGAAGAGGCAGCAUUUUACUACCAAAAGGAUUUAGAGAGGAUGGAAUCUGAAGAGAGGGAUGGACCUAACAUGGUUGAGGCUUUGUCCUAUCUUGCAACAUUUUGCAAAGCAAAGAAAAGAUUUGAAGAAGCAGAGGUUUACUGUACGCGUCUUCUGGAUUACACUGGCCCGGAAAGAGAAACAGCAAAAAAUUUACUUAGAGGGAUGCGAUCAACACAAUCUAGUUUGCCUCUCAUGGAUGUUGAGCAUUUUCCUCCGAAUUCCCUUUGAUGAAGCACUGGGGUUGUGUGCUGCGUCAUCAAUUUCCGUAUGAACAUCACAAUUCAUGGUGAUAAUGAAAAUGGUAAGAAUUAGACAUGCUCAAUACUGCAAAGUGCACUAGUGUGUGUUCAUGGUGAACUGAACAAGUGGACAAGCAUCAUAGCACAUUUAAGUUCAAGUGGGGAUCUAGUUUCCAAGUACAUGAGUCUGAAGUAAGAGCUUUUCUCCCCACUGAAACUUGAUUAUUGACCGUGAAUAUCAUGAACAGUAUAAUUUUUUAGAUUUAUCAUAUCAAGCAGGUCACAUGUUGCAUUA